AUGUCCUUAUGUUUGCCGGAUAUGCGGGAGUACAAUGGAAGGUUACGAGAAGAAAGGUGUGAUCCAGAUAGACCUAUACCUUUGGAUCAGAAGCCUAGGGAUCUAAGUCCAAGGAACGGUUCACCCACAGAAGACCACAGUCCCGUACUGAACUUAUCGAAAACUGGCGGAGGUGCAGGUAGCGGCGGAUCGUUAGGUGACGCAGAAGGGGAUGCUGAAGCUGAUCAUUCGGGUAGUGAAGGUCCUGAAGGAGCAGAUGCACCACCUUCACCAAGGUCGACGAGGUCACCGCUCGACGAACCCGACGAUGAUGACGUUUCUGAGGCUGAGGACGAGGAGGACAAAGAACAAGACAUGGACGACGGCGAUCUUCCCCUCCCCUCCGCCCCGAGCGUUGGCGACUCCCACCAACAAGCCCUAAAUUACUCCACCUUAGCCUCUGCAGUGGCCGCUACUAACGGAGGCGGUACAGCAACGGCAGGAGGCGGAGUCAUCCCAGGCGCAACGGCUGUGGCACCGCCCAUCGAACAAACGGGCGUGUCCUCCACCGAGACCCUCCUCAGGAACAUCCAGGGCCUGCUCAAGGUCGCAGCGGACAACGCGCGCCAACAGGAGCGACAGUUCAAUUACGAAAAAGGUACGAACAGCAAUGUCGUCUACUUACUGUCGUUAGCGCAGUACUAUAUGUACUUAGCGGCGACGCAAAAAUGUUAGAAAGUUCGAAAAGACGUUUUUUAUAAUGUGUAUAGAAUCGCUGAGAGUGGUUCGGCUUAAUUAGGGUGAUAGUUGGAUAUGCUCAUUAUGAUUUAAGAGGACGAGCAAUAAACCUGGACCUACGGAGCAAAUAAAUAGUUCACCUGAAAACUGUUCGAUUGGUGAUAGCAAAUCGAGGACCGAAAACCAUGGGGUUCCAAGCUACAAUUCCAAUAUCUUUAUAAAAAUGAAUUUUAAAGUUUAGAGGUUUAAAUAAUUUUUAACACGUUAUUUUUGCUGUUUUGGGAAACGCUUCAGUUGUACUUGGAACUUUGUGAAACUAUGAGCUGUGUAUUUGGAACCUUAUGGUACUUUUACGUUUGAAAUUAUUUUUUUAUUGUUGUGUAAGGCUUAUAAAAACUAAAAUUAAUUAGUAAAAUGGAUGUUUUUGGUUAAACGAAUAAUCAGUUUAAAAACAAAGAUUUUAUUACAAAAAAAAAAUCAAAAUUUUAACGAACAAAAAAUGGAAUUUAUUUUUUAAAUCGAGGAUAUCGUACCAAACUGUUCUUAUUUCUUUUUAAAUAUUUUUGAAAAACUGUUUUGAGGUGAAUGUAACGUAAUUCUGUCAGUGACCUUACUCAACCCUCAGAACCUGUACUGUUCAGCAUGUUUUCUGUCAGUCUUGUUCUCGAUUUUUUUACACCAAUGGUAGCUUUUCCAAGAAGAUACUCCCUUAGACCGAGGUAUAUUGUUCGUGCUGUAGCUCCCCAUCUAUUUUCAGUGGAGAGUCUCUCCAAACCAAAGAUAUGUCGAUAGUACCAGAUGUUAUCUGAAAUUAGUCUUUACACUGCUAUUGAUUUAAGUUUUUAAUCUGCUGCCAAUAUCACUCUGAACAACAGCAGGUGGCACAUGCAGACGCUUUGCACGAGAAUAUACAAAUUUUUUCUGCUAGUUAACAUUGUUCAGAUCAUGGGUCAUAAUGUAAUAUCAACUGUCAUUCAAUAGCUAAACGAUUAGUCAUAAAACCCUACGAUAGCGACGUACUUAAGAUAGUUAAUUAAAAAGGCAUUGAAAUCGAAACACUCAAAAAUUACUUUUGUAUAGAAACAAAGCCGGUGCUGCGGCAAUUGUAAGUAAUAAACUAAUUCACAAUCGCAUUGAUAGUGUGUGGUCUUGACAGAAGCCCUUUUAUAUUCGCCAGCGUUCGAUAUUUAUUACUUUUAUUCGCAAUGAAUAGCUACAUAUGUUAUUUCAAUUGAAUUUGCGUUCAACGUACUGUACAUAAUCUCCUAUAUUUUUAUUUUCGAACGCGAACAUAUACUGCCUGCCAAAAAAUGUAACACCUACGGGUUAUUAAGUUUUAGUUAUCGUUUGAAUCGGCAUUACUGCAAGCAAUAGUAGAUGAAGUGAAGAAAAAAAGCAUGUAUUGAGGCAACGCAUUUUUCAGAAAUUCAAAUACUUCAAUCAGCUAGCAGGAGAUUGAAAAUAAUAGUACAGGGUAGCACAUUUGUUAUCCUGAGCACAUACUGGGUAAUCACGAUACUGGAUUGUCCCAUUAUAGGUGUCACAUUAUUUUGGAUAUCAGUAUAUGUUCACUUGUAUAUUUUUUAGUAGAAGUGCUUUAACUCGAUCGUUGAGAAAUGGAUUUAUUGUAUAUAUUGCGUGAACUAAUGAAGUUUUACUGGACAUUUAUUAUUUGUUAUCGCUAAAGCGACAAACAAUACGGUUCGAACAUCCUAUAAGAAAUCGGCAGUGUCGAGUGUUAGUAUUUCAUGAACGGGUCUACUCAGCACAUGUAAUAUUUCUGCUUUCUAAUUAGAUUACUGAAACAUCAUUUUUCUUCCGAUAAAGAAGCUUCCUAAUUUUGACAUUAAAAUAAAGAACUUUCCUCAACCAUUUAGCAGAUAACGAUACCAAAGUUUGACAGGGGUAGGUAUAGUCCUCUGUUCAUGAAUAUAGCACAUAAUAUGGAAGUGACUAUCAUAGAGAAUGUUCAACAUGCACGUUGCGUACAACAUUUCAUCAAAUACAAUUGGUCCUUGGUCGUUACUCAUUUUUCCUAUGGGGUCGCCAUACGUACGUUUGAAGUUGUGGUUAAUCGAAAAAAUGCAUUUUUUAAAAAAGUUUGUUAUGAUUUAAAGUCAUCACACGUAACCAAAGGUUUGCACAAUUUCCAAUUUGGUGAACACCAAAAGUAUAUAAACCUUUAAUGGCACUUGUUAUCCCGAAUAAACUGUGUGCAUAGUUGGUAGCUAUGGACCUCUUAGGCUGAGGUUCUUUGUAUUUCGGUUUCGGAUGCAAUGGUUAUUUGGGCGCCACCUAGUUUUCAAAAACUAGGAAAUGGAAUUAAUAACAAGUAUCACUGUUGGGAUUCUGGCGUAAAAAAAUGUAUCAACUCACACAGACAUUUAUUGAACAAAAAAAAAAUAAAUAAAACAAUUAAGGAAAAGUCCUGGAGGACCGGCUAACGAGAAUAAAUUUAUGUAUUACCGCCCUAGCUUACCCAAAAGGACUAAAAUUAGAAAAAAUGGAAUGAAAGGCAAAGCGAUCCAAGGAAAAUUGUCGAAUUCUGUCAUGAUUCGUGUCAACUAAGACGUGCAUUAAUCACUUAAAGACACUUUGUAGUCAAAAACUUUGAUACUGAUCUCCGUGUAUAACGUUAUAUAGGUGUAUUUUAUACGAUUGGAUGCGUUAGGUAGGCUGAAUAUCCUGGCACAUAUACUGUAGGUAGAUAUUGAAGUAUUGUGGUAAGUGUAAGACAUAAAGCUACACGGUAUACAUAUUUUGUAAUAUAUGAAUAUAUCCUCUGUUCUGUGCACAUAUCGAAAACGAUAAACAAUUUUAUCUUUAUAAGAUAUUUAUGGAUACGGAUGAAUCACCUGGCGCGUAUAGCAUCUCACAAACAAGAUAAUCUUCAAUAUCGUUUUACACAAAAUAGACAAAAAUGUAAAUGUUCCAUAUACACUGACAUCAUUCAGCUUAACUAUGAAACGGCUCCCGUUAUUUGAUACGUGCUUGCUACGAUUAGACUUUUGGGCCCUUUUGGAAUUACAAAUGCUUGGUUUUCAAUGCGCAAAGCUAAGAACAGGAUACGAAAGCGCCAUAGUUUUUGUGACGUUGUCGUUCGACUUUUAUCGAGAUAAUUUGGUGUUUAUCAAAUAACGCUUGCAGCAUACGGCUGGGUUGUUAUGUGAUAUUAUUCUUUACUUAACGCUUAGGUGGUUUUUCCAUAUCCAAUAUCUUAAUUUAUUUUGUACAUAAAAACGACUGUCUAUACAUACACAUUGAAACCAGAUGACAAGAAUUAGUGGUUAAUAUCAGCAAGUAUGGCGCACAUAUGAUCCAAAAUGAACUAAAAAUGGUGUUAAUUACAUUCAGUGAUGGAAUUUUUAGUAUUCUGUCAGUAACGGUUGAUUUUUAGAACAUUAGAAUGUGCCAUUUUUCGAAGUGUUGUUAGAUUAGAUGUUUAUUUAAUCUUGACUUAGUUAAUUUAACUUGAAUAUUUAUAAUAUAAAUAAUUCACGAAGAUUUUGAUAUAUUAAGUGACACUAUUUAUUCUAGUUUGAAUUUUCAGAAGAUUAUAUGUAUAGGAUGAUCCAGCAAAAAUAACAGAAACAGGCAUGUUUACUCUUCGCCCAGCAAAUUCUAAUCUGCUUAAAUUUAAAUAACUUUUCUUACUAGUAUCAGAGUAACUGCGACAAAGCUUCCACUUUUUCAGGCCUCAUUGAAUUAUUUGACCUAUCUGCAAAUUCAAACUAUCAGAAGCAUACUUGUACAGUACACGGACAAACCAAUAUAUCAAAAUUUUCGAUGCACCCAAAUAUGCAGUUCAGAUAUUCUACGAUAAUGUCGAAUAAUGAACUGAAGAAUAUUAGAAUUAGUUAAGACUAUGUGUGAUGUACAUGUUAACAAUUCAAAAUUGAAAAUAAACGAAAUUAUUACUUA